AUGGCGUUGCAGCUUACUUUAGUAGUAUUACUAGCAGUUCAGGCUACAUAUAUACAAGUUGAACAACUGAAAGAAUUAACAGAAUUAGCUGCUAAUGAUAAACAUGUAUUAGCCUUAGCUGAGUUGAUGUCUAUGGAACUAAGUAUUCAAUAUUGUCUUCAUAAAGAGUGUUCAAAGACACUAUCAAAUCAUAUAACAGAAAAAGACAUUGUUGCUGCACAUACUCUGCCUUCAAAAUAUGCUAACAAACCCAAACCUAUUAUUGUUAAAUUCCGAAGUGAAGUUAAGCGGAAUAUCAUGAUGAAGCGUAAGGAUCUUUUCAAAUGCAAUAUAUCAGUUUUCGAUGAUAUAACAAAAUCAACUCAGACUUAA